UUAGAGACGGCGUUCAGCCAGAUGGAUGAUAUGAAGGCCAGGAGACUUACGUCGGAAAGCAUGUAUCAGCUUCUGAAAAGGUGUGACGUCCAGCCGCAGAUCACGCGGGAAGAAGUAGGGAAGAUCUGGGACGCUCUGAUUCUCAACCAGGACAGAACCGUCGAUUUCUUCCAGUUUGUUCGGCAUUUUGGGUUUUCCGCCAAAUCUUCCUGCUUUCCAAACGCCAAAAUCUCUCCGCCUGUCAGAGGGGACGGAGAUUUCCUGAUUCGCUCCAAUAAACUCAACUCUGACACCAAGAUCACCGCCAACGUCCUGCAAUCCAAGGUGAAGCUUCUCCUCGACGAACUCUCGAUGCAGUUCACCGAGUCGGAUCCUCUAAAUUCUGGAUAUGUCACUAAAGAGGAAUUUCUGGACGUUUUACGAGAUCUGAGCCCGGAUUUGACCAAACACCAGUGCGAUUCUCUGGCAGCGAAGUUUGGAGACGGACAGAACCGGGUUUCUUACGUGAAAUUUCUCGAACCUUAUAAAUCCGAAAGGUCAUCGUAUCAAAGGAACGCCGUGAAGUCUUCCAAGAAGGCGGCCGAGGAGUCUUCAUCCCAGACACAGCGAGGUCUGAAUGCCGCCACCUCCAACCUACGUCAAAAGCUGUCCAGAACGGAUUGGAGGAACCUUUACCAGGCCUGCCAGAAGCUGGAUCGAGAUGGAUCUGGGACACUGCAGCUACCGGAAUUCCGAUCCGUGGUAAAGCUGUGUAACGUCGUCCUGGACGAGAACGAGUUUUACCAGAUUAUGUCCCAAUAUGACAAGGAUCUGGCUGGGAAAAUUGAUUAUUCCAAACUGUUUUCAGACCAAAAAUAAAGAGAAAUUCAAAGCAAGCAACCAAGACCUGAAUUAUAUUAAAAUUUAUAAAAUGAUAUAUAUAUAUAAUGAAAAAUAAUUAAAUGAAUUCGAUUUUUCAGUGUAUAAUUUGUCUUUUUAAUUUCUCUUUGUUUCUUUUUACCUAAUUACUUAAACUAAAAGAUAAUCAUUCACAUGAUUCACGGAAUUUACCAAUUCAUAGUUUCCAUUAAACAAACUUUAUCGCUUUAUAACUUUGUAAAUUAUAUUAUACGUAAAACAAAAAUCA